AUGGAAAAUCCUAUGGAGAGAGAGCUUUCAUGUACAAUAUGCAUGGAGUUGUACAACGAACCUCUUCUUUUGCCAUGUGCUCACACGUUCUGUCGAAAAUGUUUGGAAGAUUUGAUAGCGAAAUCCAAUGGAUUUGCCGCCACAGCUACAAGCACAUGCCACGGCGACGAUGGUGGUGAUUGUAGACCAGAGGCCGACGAACCGUGCGAUGUACCAACAGAUUCUAAAGAUUCAGAUGGAAUUGUUAUAAACUGUCCGACUUGUAGACGGGAAGUUAUACUGCGCAGUGAGACGGGACUAAAUGGACUGGUCCGUAACUUCCUUCUUGAUAGUAUCGUUAGCCGAUACAAACAACAAGAAACGUCCAUAGUACGGCAGACAUGUGAAAUAUGUGAUGAUAAGCCUGCUAUAACAAAGUGUGUCCAGUGUCAAGUCACAUACUGUGACCUCUGUAGAAAUAUGUGUCACCCAAACAAAGGUGUAUUUAACACCCAUCAGCUGGUACCGCUAUCUCAUGAUGGUCCUGUACAACGCACGUAUGGCAUCCAGCCAUUACAGUGUUUUGUACACAAUGGCGAAGGGUUAAAACUGUACUGCGAUGACUGUCGAAUACCGAUAUGUUUCAUAUGUGAGCGAUUUGGGGAGCAUAAAGGACACCAUGUCCGUGAGGCACAUAGCGCUUUUAAGACUAUCAAGGAACAGAUGAGCGAUAACGUGGCUACAAUGAUUGGACUGCAGAGCGAUAUUGACGAUUUUCUCAUAGCUCUGUCAAAUGGACGAGAUUCGAUUCAGGAAGAUGCAGCCAGUCUGAAAGAACAAGUGUCGAAUUCUUGUCAGCGCCUCCACGCGACGAUAAACCAAAAAGAGCAGGAGAUGCAUGAGGUCAUCGCAAAGGACAUGACUAAUAAACUGUAUGAAAUCCAACAAAAGAUGACGAUGUGUCAAGAUAAACAGCGCCGCCUAUCGGGGUUGGUACAGUUCGCCCAAGUAGUUCUCGAAAACAACAAUGAAACGUCAAUAUUUCUUACGUCGGCUGCGUCUCUGGAUGACAGACUAACAUCGGAGUUGUCAAACAGUCCAAAUCUCCAACUUAACGAGGCCUUCUUGACCUUUGACCACAUCAUAAUCGAUGUCAAAUCAGCAAUACGAGGGAUUAAAAAAAUGCAAGCAAGAAAAAUUACAGAACCCAAAGUUCCCAUCAUCACGAAGACAGAAAUUAUGAACCGAAAUGGUGUUAUGUUAUCUGUCAACCAUGAACCCUGUGACGUCAAAUGGUAUGACGUGGCUUAUCAACCAAUUAACGGUCAAUGGAUGACAAUGAGAUGGGAGGUUAUGGCAGACCAAUCAGGGGCGAGUUUAGAAGAUCAUAUCCAUCUUGGCAAUCUUGAUUACGACUGUGAAUACUAUUUCUGUGUGUGUAUGACCAAUGUAGCUGGCACCUCACCAUGGUCACAAACUGUUGCAGUGAAAACUAAAACAGUAGCAACUGAAUUCAUUUUAAACGAAGAGACAGCACAUCCGGCGUUGCUCUUAUCGGAGGAUGGUAAAACUGUCAAAAGAAGGGAAGAUUACAUCCACAAAAAAAUGAAAGUAAGCGAGAAAAUACAACUAGGAAUGAGGUUCGUACGAAACGUGCAUUGCAUUCUGGGUGAUGUGAUAUUAUCUGACGACGCGCAUUACUGGGAAGUGGAGGCCAGCCAAUCGGGUGCAACGUCAUACGCCAUUGGCGUUGCUACGGCAGACUGUCACAGAAACCAACAACUUGGAACAAAUAAGUCGUCAUGGUGCCUUGAAAUAAUGGGCAUCACUGCCCGUGGCUAUCACAAUGACAGGUGUACAAGGAUUAAACACAACUUAGAGUGCAAUUCAACGCGUCGAUUUGGCAUUUUGUUGGACUAUCAGCGGAGAGCACUGGAAUUUUUCUAUAAAGAAAAACUACUGCUUUCUUAUGCAGUAAAUGCCAAAGUUACUGACUUGUGCCCAGCCUUUGACCUUACUAACUCCAGCGCUAAGCUGAGCAUUAUUACGGGACUGAAAAUCCCAGAAUUCUUAAACACUUGUCACGUACAUAUUCAACAAAAAAUGGGCGACUCACUGGAACGAGAACUAUCGUGUGCAGUGUGCAUGGAGCUUUAUACAGACCCACUCUUGUUGCCUUGUGCGCACAGUUUUUGUCGAAGCUGUUUGCCCGAUGUUCUGAAGCGCAACUCCAAUCAGAAAUCUGGACACUCACGUCUCGUCUGCCCGUCAUGUCGCUUUACAGUGGAACUGGAUAAAAGAGGGAUAGACGGUCUACCCAGGAACUUUUUACUAGACAAUAUAAUUGAAAGGUACAAGGAAGAAAAGUCGACAGACGGGAGGCCAGUCAAGGUUAAAGGUGUCGCGUGUGACGUCUGUGCUGACAGUGGGGGUGCUAAGGCCAGUAAAACAUGUAUACAGUGCGGCGUAUCCUACUGUGACCGGUGUUUACGCACGUAUCACCCGAGUAAAGGUGUGUUUUCCAAACACAAACUGGUGAAAGCUACCCGUAACCCAAAGCGCAAGGACGUGUACUGUCCCGAACAUGACGACGAGCUCAUUAAGAUGUACUGCGUGCAGUGCAAGACACCGGUCUGCUAUCUGUGUGAUAGAUUUGGGGGUCAUAAAGGUCACCAGGUAGCGGAAUUAAAGACGUCAUACAAACUCAUGAAGGAGACACUUAGUAGUAACUUGGCUCAGCUUGUAUCUAAGAUGGCGAAUGUUAACGAAUUUAUAAUAACGCUAGAAAGAAAAGGUGAAUCUAUACAGACCAAUGCAGCUGUAAUGCAUCAAAGAAUAUCAGAAGAAUUUGCAGUGAUUAAAGCCAUGCUGGAACAGAGGGAGAGAGUUAUGCACACAAAGAUAUCUGAAGAAACGGCGAGGAAACUAUUAUUAUUAAAGCAACAGAAUAUGGCCUGUCAAGAUAAACUGCAUAACACGGCGGGAUUGAUACAAUACACCAGAGAAGUGUUGAAAGAGGAGGUACCCGCUGCGCUGCUAUUGACGGGAGCAUCAUUGGACGACAGGUUGAAUUGUGCGAUAGAUUCGUGUCCCCAGCUUCAGCCGAACACAGCGGAUGAUUUUAGUCACGUGAUCCUCAAUUUAGAGUAUGAGAAACAAAUUAUACAAAAAAUGGACUUACUAACCAUAAAAGCUCCUGAAAAGCCACGGAUGGGAGGACACAUUGAAGUACGGAACACCGUACAUCUAUCAAUAAAACACGCACCAUGUAUCGUCGACUCUUAUGAUAUGGGUGUCUGUAAGAGUGGUGGAUUGUGGGAUUACUUCAAGAUAGAAUGUGGUAAAGGCGAUGAAAGGGAAACGGACGAAUACCGCUUAGUCAAAGAAGACUUGGCAUUUGAUUCGGAGUAUUUCUUUAAAGCACGUGUUCGGAAUAAAGCUGGUGCCUCUGGAUGGAGUAAUGUAUUUCCUGCAAGGACAGGACCACAAGCUAUGACAUUUCGACUUGAUCCGGAGACAGCUCAUGAAGAUCUGGUUAUCAUAAGUGCAGGACGAUCUGUCAUAUAUCAGCCCAGGCCACGUGGAUUUUGGGUUAUGCAAGAAGAAGGGAAAGCCAGUACGGGUCGGUUUCAUGGACGGGCGUUAUCCGUUCUGGCAGAUGUAGUCCUAGCAACAGGUGUCCAUUACUGGGAGGUCACCACUCAGGUUGCAGAAAAGCAGCAUGGGGAAAGCCUUUCACACUAUACGGAUCGUGAUGCAUCAGUCUAUCGUGGAGAUAUUGCAAUAGGACUUGCUAAACAGAAUUGCAACAGAGAUCUUUGUCUAGGUAGCGACGGCUCAUCAUGGGCGCUGAGACUUCCGUCAAAUGGUGGAAACUGGUAUGUAGCCCACAAGAAUAAACAACACGUUAUCAGCGCUGCGUCAGCAAUUGAUAGCUGCCCACGCUCCCAGUUUCCUGCUGGCCUACACGUUGGAAUUCUAGUAGAUUUCACCCACCAUAAGCUAAGAUUUUAUGACUGCAAUCGUAAGAUACUGCUUUAUUCGUGUGAUCAAAUUUCAAAGGAGAAGAGACUUUGUCCAGCUCUGGAAAUCAGCGAUAGUUCUUAUCAAUUGAAUCUUAGAACUGGAACCGGCAUACCUGAUUAUGCCAAUUCUAAGUGA